AUGGAAUCACCUCGGAUAAUCGAUGCCUUGGAGCGAGAGGUUGCUGCUGGUACUAUCAAGAAGCAGAGCUGGGACGAGGAGAUGUUCGAUCAGGACCAAGAACAGCAGGCAGAAGAGGCCAGAGCAUGGUCAAGAGCACGUGUGGAUGUCCAAAUCGAUACCCAGAUCUCGCAAACGUCCCGUGGUGAAGACGAGUAUUCACCAGCUCGUUACAGCUACACUAGCACCCUGUCAACAAUUCCCGAGGAAUUCGAGGAAUUUGAAGAUGAGGGCGUGGCUGGGCUGUCCGAGUAUAGCGAAAAGAAGCAGAUCCGCAACAGUGAGCCGAAGGCCGACGGCGAUGCAGAAAAUUCCGAGCCCUCCACGGGUCCCAUCACUCCGCUAUCGGCUAAAUUAUCUGACGCGGAUAUCAUGGACUGGGUGUCGAAUCUCCUGAGACAUACUGAUGACCUGGAGAUUUCUUUGAAGGCGGUCCAGGAGGCGAGGGAGGAGCUGGUGGAAAUCCUCUGCCAGGAUAAUAUCGCAGCAUUAUCUGAGGCCAUUGAGACCAGUGCACCUGUAAAUCAGGUCCUAAGCCCGGUUCUUCAGAUAGAGGCUUCUACCACCUCGAUGCCCCAAAGCGAAGUCGAGAUUCCGGCAACGCAAAAGCCAGCAUCGGCCCAAGUCCCAAAUCUGCGCCGUAUUGCCGUCGCUAUACCAAAGCAACUCGGGAUUUUCGAUGGGCAGGGAAGUCCUGAUCAGCUCUCUACACCGGCUUUUACCACCUCGAUACCCCAAAGCAAAACCGAGACUACCACCUCAAUGCCCGAAAGCGAAAUCGAGAUUCCGGCAACGCAAAAGCCAGCAUCGACCCAAGUCCCAAAUCUGCGCCGUAUUGCCGUCGCUAUACCAAAGCACUUUAAGAAUUUCGAUGGGAAAGGAAGUCCUGCUCAGCUUCCUAUCCCGGUUCGUCCUGUCGCUGCUGUUCACGCCACUGUCCCAGCGGCUGCUAUCGUCCCAGCGGCUACCAUUGUCCCAGCCGGCCGCUAUCGUCCCAGGGCUGCCAUCGUCCCAGCGGUUACCAUCACCCCAGUGGCUGCCAUCGUCCCAGCGGCUGCCAUCGUCCCAGCGCCUACGGUGACAUCCACAACCCCCAUCGAGCCCGCCGCAUCCAAGCCACAGAACCUCCGCCACACAGCCACCAAGACCAGCACCGCAAAGUCUUUAGCGUCCCUGAAGACGUCAAACAAGUUCAGCGCCCUGGAGCGCAUCCCCGGAGAGUCCAGGCGCAUCCCCGAAGGGGAGGCACUCCCUGCACUUCCUGCACUGGCCAGUGCGCUCCGAAUGGCAAAGAAGGCUCGCAGGAGCAGGAGGAACAAGAAGGAAAAGCCUUCUCGGGGUGCCGCCAGCAGCGCUGCCGCCGCGAUGGAUGAUUCGGUUAGAGCGAGGGGAGUGAGGGAGUUCCAAGAGUACCCGGUGCUGUGGGUUAUGCUCGUCGCGGCAUGCGCUCUUCUCUGGUGUUUGGCCGCUUGGAUUUGCGGCUACUGA